UCCUUCCCAUCACCGCCAGCACCUCCCACUCCAAGACCCGAGCUCCUCAAGGACGGCCUCGCGCCCAUCGCUCUUUCUCCUCUCGGCGCGCUACUCCACCGCAUCAGCCUUCUACGACGGAUUCUGUCGUCCAGGCUUCCUUGGGACGCAACAUCAUCUACACUGCGAACGCCGAUUCCACCACCCACCGACACCAUGGAAGAAAAGAAGAUCUGGAUCAUCCUCGCCGUCGUCCUUGGCAGCCUCAUCCUCACGUUGGCGGUUGUCCUGGUCAUGUUCUGCUGGAGACGGUCUAAGAGGAGGAUACGGGGUUUCUCGCUUCGGGCUGUUACCCCUCUAGACGACGCCGAAUUUGAAUCAUGGCGCCGCCCCAGCCAAUACACUAAGCGCCCGCAAAAGUACGGCAUCAGACCUACCCAACCAGCCGUGGCCCGUACCGUGAAGACGCCAACCAUGUUUGAGAAGGAGCUCAGCACCUACGAGCCUCCCCGAACGCCAUCACCCCACGAUCAUGUGGAACCCAAGUCUCCGACUUCGAUUCAGAAGCCAGAACGUGCACGGAGGAAAUCGAGCGUCUCCUCGUCACUCGCAGACAGGCCACCGACGCCCUACUCGCCAGCUUCCACUUCGAGCGAGUAUCCGAGAUCGUCGUACACGUCUCGCAAGUCACUUAGCGGUACUCCGCGUAUCCAUUAUCCUUCCAUGUCCGAGGCUUCCGCCUUCCGCUUCGACUUCCAUGUCGACUUUGACUCCCCAGCUCGAGAUCCGGUUCGUCCAUCGAGCCAGUCGGAUCGUCCGCUCAACCUGUCCUUCGGACAUGGAUCUCACACCGACAGAGUGUGAGGAGGGAAUAGACCAAAGACUGCAUCCAUUCAUCUACUCUAC